CUAAUUAUAACGAUUUGCUUUAUCUCUUUAACGUCGGUAUCUCAUCUUCCUUGUCAUGGCGUCUAAUGGACUCAGAUCUUGCGCUUCGAAGAUCCUGGCUUCUUCCCCGUUGUUUCUUCCCAAAUCAGCUGCUAGACGUUUCCAUUCGACUGGUGUGAAGAGAAUGGGAGGACAUGGCCACGAUGAACCGUUCUAUAUUCAUGCGAAGAACAUGUACAAUUUGGACAGGAUGAAGCAUCAAAAGAUAAAGGUUCCACUUGCUGUCUUGACGGCCUUCUCUAUUGGUGUUGUAGUCCCUGUUUAUGCUGUCAUUUUUCAGCAAAAGAAGACCGCUUCAGCCUGAUUUUCUUGCAUCGGAUUCUCUCUGGGGUAAAGAAAAAUAGGUUUCGACUAAAUAUGUAGUUGGUUUGACUGAAAUGGGAUUUUCUUCAAUUUGCAUUGGCUAUUUGGCAUGCUGUCAGUUUCUCUCCUCUGUCUGACUUGAGAAGUGGUCUUGUAUUAUACUAUUACAUUCAUCAUAAUAACAAUUUAUGGUUAUUUAUUGAUCAUAUGAGACCUUUUUGUACUUUGCA